AUGCUGCAGCGCCGCACGGAAGUCCACCGAGCAUCACUGAAUUCUGACUCCAGGCGGAAUUUGGUCAACGAACGACAGGACAAAAGCGCAGAGCACCUAGGAUUCCUGCCGAACAAUCUGCGCACCCGAAUCGAGCGAAAAUUAAAGAUGCAAAAAGGAUGGGCGGACCAAAGUCCUGCCACUUUACUUCGCAGAUAUCUUGCUAUAGAUAAUCCGGAACCAGGUCUACAGAAAAGCAUCGCCAUUAUCCGAAGUAUGCGACUCCCCAUCGUCGUAAUGCAGAUGCACAUUCGAAGACAAGUGGUAGCCGAUCCAAUAGGCAUGAAGGAAGUUGCCGAGGCCCUACCCUCAGAAGAGCAAUGGCAGCGCUUGAUGGGCAUAAUGGAGUACAAUGGAUAUACGCAAGAAAGCCUGAGCCAAUACGUCGACAUCCUUUUCGCCAAGACUGAUGAAGAGCGAUGCCACUUAUUUAUGGCAGACUCAAAUGCGAAGCCUGCCUUCAUCUUUGGCUAUCUGCUAAGGCUGGGAUCAGGCAUCAGUCAGGUCUCAACACUGGACAGUUUAUUAGCAUACUUCAAGAGGAGACUAAAAACCACGGCAGAAAAGAAACGAGUUGCGAGCGUGAGAUCGUAUAUCGAGAGACGUGCGUGGAAUCAAAUGCAAGGAUUCUCGACCCAGGACGCUAUGGAGAACAUGGGACGGCUUGCUUUCCACUGUCGUCGUAUAGAGCCGAGACGCUUGAUUGCUCUUGCUGAGAUAAUCGCAGACUUUAUUGUAGAUCUUGGGGCCAAUUCCCAUAGUUCCUCAGGAUUGUUCACGACUGAUGAAAUUUCGGCAGAAGCAUACCAUGCGCAGUGCAAAUUCUUCAACGCUGCACUCAGUACCAUCGCUUCUCGGAUGGGAUCUGGGGCAGAGCACAAGUCAAUACCCUAUGCGUACAUCUGGGCGGCCCAGCGUGUGCUUCUAGCGAUGUCUGAUAGCCUCCCGCAACCCUUGGCAGUGGACAGAAGUGGGUUUCAAUCUAUAAGAGCUGUUCUAGCUGGGAUGCCUAAAAACAGGGACGAAAUGCAUGCCGCGUCUCGACACUCAAAGUCGUGGCCUCCAUAUCUUACACCAGCAGAUGGCAUCGACGAGGCCAUGGAUGCUGAGGAAAGUUGGUCCCGUGUCGUUCGGGCAGGUAUGAUGAUGCAAGAAGCAGGUUUCCCUAAAGAGGAGGUUGACGAAGUCAUGGAUAUUUUAUACGGCUUGGCUCCUGAUGGUAGCCCUACUAUCCAACAGCGAAUACAGAUCAACACAGACCGGAAGAUGUCAGCUUGGGCAGCAUCUAUCAGGGCGACGCGAAAUUCUCAUGAAGCAUGGCAGCGGUUCAGAAACCCUCCGGAAUCUGGUAUGAAACCUGGAGCACUCGAAUAUGCAGCUAUGUUUCAAAGGUUAUACGCCAGAGAAGCCGACCCUCAACCAGGCACGUUCCCUGGAGACAAUCAGUUGAACUAUCCGAUGGACGAAGAGACAAACUUAACAGAGUUGGAAAAGCUGCGGUUACAGCCUCCGACUCCAGGAGAACUAUACAGUAUGAUGAGAGAAGCAGGUAUCCGGCCGGACGAACAGUGCCUGCGCAUAUUGGUGUCCAAUGCUGAGAACAUUGCGGAGGCCCAUCGAUAUUUAGAGGAUGGCAGCACUGCUCGAAAGAACUAUGCUGAAUUGGCAACGGCCUUUCCUUCAACCAAGUCGUUAAAGAGAACUCCCUUACCGCUGUUUUCAGCAUAUAUGGAAUGCCUGUCUAAAAUCCCUAAUCUUGGUGGCAGGAAUCUGCUACGUGCCGUUCGCCUCGCCGAGCGUCGCCUUAGCGGCAGGAAUGCCAAUUGGUCAUCCUUUGUAUGGGCGCCUAUCUUAAAACACCUUGGGCAGCACCAUGGCCGCUUACGACUCACCCUCGAAGCACAGCUCCGUCUGUUGCUGUAUGUUAUAGAUCACAUUGAUGCUGAAAAGUCCAUGAACCUAGCUAUUUUCGACCAACUUGCCAAAACCGUACGAAAGAUCUUUCGAAGAGAGGUGGAGACGCUGGCAGCGACUCUACCGAUGGGCAAUGCGGACAAGAACGCAUUCGCGCAUCAUUACGAAAUACAAGCCACAGAUGCUGGCAAGAACAGCAAGCACGCAAGGAACGCACAAGAACUGACGGCAUUGUCAAUGUUUCAAAUCAUCGGCGAACGGAUGAAGGGUCUGUUCUAUUCGGUGGCUGUGAAAGAGAGACAAAGAUCUCGCCCUGAAGAUAGCCUCCACGUGUCACAUGUGGACAUGAUGCGAGCGCGGAGAGAUCCGGUCAUGCCUUCUGUCGCCCAUAAUCUGAUGCUGUCGCUGGCAUUUGCAGGACAGAUCAGGGCGAUGUCGGAUUUGAUGAAAUGGUUGAUUCAGGAGUGGAGCUCGCCUGCCCUGCAAGAAGAGAUACAGAACAUGGGGGAGCUACCACAGGACCUGGACAUGAUUGAAACGCUAUGUGCCUUCCGAGCGUUUGCGGAACCCUUGGUCAGACCUCGAAAGGUCGAGCAAGUCAUGCAUGGUGUAAUGGAGAAUGCAGCAUGGGAGUGGCCGGAUGACUCGGUGGUGGAGAAGUACAUCGAAAGUCACGGUGACGGUGUCAAGGAGUUGAGGGAUGUUGUGAUGUGGGCCCGUGAUAGAUUUCUCUAUCACAGGAACAACAGGAUCACUGAUGUCAACGAUCUCAACCUGGAUUGGACAAGAACGCAACAAAAGAACUUGAGAGAACAGCUUGAUGCGGUUAAUGAGUUAAGAAGAAAGGUAUUUGCCACGGACUAUGACGAAUGGAUAGAGGAGGAAGAGGAAGAGGAAGAAGCAAAUGAAGAGGCCGACCUGACGGAGUGGGAAGAGGCAGAGGCAGAGGCAGAGGAAAGGGAAGAGAAAACAGCCAGAGACCGGGCGGUGUAG